ACCCAUUGGGAAACAAAUGUUGCUUUGUUCUGCUGUGAAGAAGAGGAUCUGUUCUGUUGUUGUUGCUUGAUUUAGUGCAUGAAGGAAAGGAAGGUGUAUUGCUCUGUUCAAUGGCUGAAGGAGAGUGCUGUUACUCUAUUCGAUGAAGGAGAAGCUACUGGCUAUCAACAGUGGUGGUUAAGAAUAGAUGCAGAUCUAGUCUGCCACUGUUGCUCUAUUCCUAUUGUUGCUCUAUUCGAUGAAGGAAUUUGUUCCGUCACUGUUGCUCUGUUCCUGUCGUUGCUCCGUUUGGUGAACAAGUGUUGUUGCUGUUCAGUGGAGGAAGCUAAGGAAGAUGAGCCGCGAAGGUUGUCCAAAGAGUUGCUGACAGUGGUGGUUAAGAGCAGGGAGGUCGGUGGAGGAAAGAGGCAAGGAUCUAUUCUAUUCUUGAGCUUUCUUCUUCUUUCUAUUUUCAACAGUGCUUGAUGAGCUUCUUUUUUUUUUUUUUUCAGUUUUCGCCUUCUAUUAGGUUUUUUUUAGCUAAUCUUAAUUGAAGUUUAAGGGUUUUUUUAUGUAAUUAUAUUAAAAAUGUGAGAUAAAA